AGUCUCUCCCAGCAGCUCACACAAUACCACUGAGUGAGAAAAUCUCCCAAGGGUGGGUUGGCCUAAGAUAUUUGUUAAUGAGAAGACAUUGAGGUGUUUGCAUACUGAUUCCUUUUUUGAAAAAAAAUAUUGGAUUGUUUCUUCUUUUCUGGUGAUCUAGAAACAGAUAGAAAAAGUGAACGAUGUCGGAGCACAGCAGGAAUUCAGAGCAAGAAGACACCCUUAGCGAGGAGCUUGAUGAAGACGAAAUCUUGGCCAACUUAUCCCCUGAAGAGCUGAAGGAGCUGCAGUCAGAGAUGGAAGUCAUGGCCCCUGACCCCCACCUUCCUGUGGGGAUGAUCCAAAAAGAUCAAACUGACAAGGCUCCUACAGGAAACUUUGACCAUAAGUCUCUCGUCGAUUACAUGUAUUUGCAAAAGGCGUCUAGACGCAUGCUGGAAGAUGAACGAGUUCCUGUCAGUUUUGUGCAGUCUGAGGAAAACACUCAAAAACAGCAUGAAGUAAGAGACAGAGGCAUUAAAAACAUGCCCCAGUUUUUAAAAGAAAAGCUCAAUAGUGAAAUCCUUGCAAAGAAAAGAGAAUCAAAUGGGAGCAACAAUGUACAAGAAACAGAAGAUGACGAUGAAGAGGAGGAGGAUGAAGAAGAUGAAGAGGAUAAUGAAGAUGAUGAUGAAGAGGAAGAAGAGGAAGAGGAUGAAAAUGAUGAACAAGCCAACAGAGAAAAAAAUGAAGCAAAGGAACAAGUCUACAACAAUAUGGGCACCAGGCAGCAGCCUGUUACUAAAACACCUGAAGAGCAAAACGACACACAAGAGACCAAAGAAAAAAGUGAGAAGAAAAUAGCCAAAUUAGACCCUAAGAAGUUAGCUCUAGAUACCAGUUUUCUGAAGGUAAGUGCAAGGCCUUCAGGGAACCAGACAGACCUGGACGGAAGCUUGAGACGCGUGAGACAGAACGACCCUGACAUGAAGGAACUCAACCUGAACAACAUUGAAAAUAUCCCUAAAGAAAUGUUACUGGACUUUGUCAAUGCAAUGAAGAAAAACAAACAUAUCAAAAGCUUCAGUUUAGCCAAUGUCGGUGCAGAUGAGAGUGUAGCAUUUGCCUUGGCCAACAUGCUGCGUGAAAACAGGAGUAUCACCACCCUCAAUAUCGAGUCCAACUUCAUCACCGGGAAGGGCAUCGUGGCCAUCAUGAGGUGCCUCCAGUUCAAUGAAACUCUGACUGAACUUCGAUUUCACAACCAGAGGCAUAUGCUGGGCCACCACGCCGAAAUGGAAAUAUCAAGGCUUCUGAAGGCCAACAACACUCUGUUGAAGAUGGGCUACCAUUUCGAGCUUCCGGGUCCCAGAAUGGUGGUAACGAAUCUGCUUACCAGGAACCAAGAUAAACGGAGACAGAAAAGACAGGAGGAACAGCAGCAGCAGCAACUUAAAGAGCAGAGAAAGCUGAUAGCUAUGUUGGAGAAUGGGUUGGGGCUGCCUCCUGGGAUGUGGGAGAGGUUGGGAGGACCCAUGCCGGAUCCCAGAAUGCAGGAGUUCUUCCAGCCUUCAUCUGGGCGGCCCCUUGAUGCUCAGGAAGUCCCCUUUGGUGCAAGAAAGGAAAUGAUCAAAAAUCCGCCCCAACCUCCACAGUGCAAGACAGAACCCGACUCCUUCAGGGUGGUGAAGCUGAAGAGAAUUCAGCGCAAAUCUCGAAUGCCGGAAGCCAGAGAGGCACAGGAGAAAACCAACCUCAAAGAUGUAAUCAAAACGCUCAAGCCAGUGCCGAGAAAUAGGCCGCCCCCGCUGGUGGAAAUUACUCCCAGAGACCAGCUCUUGAAUGACAUCCGACAUAGCAAUGUUGCCUACCUUAAACCUGUGCAACUGCCAAAGGAGCUGGCAUAAGAAGCAGAAGAAUCAUCUAGAACAGCAAGAUCAGGGCUGGAGGCCAUUUCACUAACAAUGUGGGGGACAGAACUGGGAUGGGGCUCCAACCAACUGGGGAUGGUUUGUGCUGUGAGAAGGCACAGGCCCAAGAGGAAAGGGAAGGAUACAGAGUAUCCAUGCUCACAGGCAACAAGUUCUUCUCAGAGUUUGACUGCCUUGGGUGAACUUGUAGCAUUGUGGUUCUAGAAGAAGAAGAAGAAGAAGCUAAUUUCUUUUGGUAAACAUUCUACUUUUCUUUUCUUCUAGUGAAUAACAAUAAAUAUGCUGAAAGUGUU